AGAAUGAUAUUGGAGCCCAAGUUCGUCGACUAUGGCAGCAUCCAUACGAGCGCAGCAUCAGCAGACGGGGCCAUCAUCAGUCAGCAUCAGCAUCAGAACGGCUUGCUGAGUCCGAGAUCAGCGGCCCUUCUUCCCGCCAUCGACGACGAACUGCCCAACACCUCCAGCGCGAAUAAAAUGGCACAAGGCGACCUGUACCAGAGGCAACCGCUGCUGCCGGGCGGGGCGGGCAGCAAAGCGGAGAAGUGGGGCGGCCAUUCGGGCGCCGCCGCCGCCGAAUUCUACGACGACGACGACGACGUCGAUGGUGCGUCGAAGGGCGUCGACAGGAACGGCCACAUCGCCAUCGAGCUGCCGUCGCCGGUACGGGAGGAACCGAGGUUCCCGCAGGAGCGAUGCAAAACUAUGCUAGCUGCGAUAAUAAUGUCGUUCAACUUCAUUCUGACGUUGACUUCGCUGAGUCUCGUCCACGAACGCGUACCGAACAAGAACGAGUACGCCCCUCUUCCAGACGUGUUCCUCGACAACGUGCCCGAAUAUAAUUGGGCGCUCGACGUCUCCGAGUACAUCAUCAUAUUCUGCGUCAAUACCAGUAUGGUGACCAUGGUGUUCCACAAGCAUAGGUUCAUCGUCUUCAGAAGGAUCUUCCUGCUGAUGUCGCUCCUGUACCUAUACAGGGCGAUCACGAUGUACGUGACGGUGCUGCCGAUGGCGAACACCGACUACCCCUGUUCGCCCAAAUCGAACGAGACGUCGCCAUUACUGAUCGCCAAGAGGGUGGUCAAGCUGAUGUCGGGACUCGGAUUGUCCGUCAAUGGGCAGCACGUCUACUGCGGGGACUUUAUUUACAGCGGGCACACCGUUAUUUUGGUCUUCACCUAUCUGCUCAUCACCGAAUAUACACCGAAAAAAUUGUACCUCAUUCACUGGAUGUAUUGGGUGUUGUCGCUGACGGGUAUCGUGAUGCUCGAACUGUCGCACGGCCAUUACAGCAUAGAUGUGAUCAUAGCUUAUUUCAUCACCACCAGGACCUUCUGGCUGUAUCAUACUCUCGCCAAUAAUGCAACUUUGAAGCUGCACUCUUCAAACAACCUGCUGGGUCGCGAGUGGUGGUUCUCGAUGUUCCUGUACUUUGAGGGGAACGUAGGGGGGCCCCUACCGCGCCAGUUCGACUGGCCCCUACCGUGGCCUCGUAGGUGGCAUCUGAAGAGUCGCGCCAGUUAGUGAACAUCGCUUGGUACGGUACGGUAGGAGGACGCUGUCGGGAAUUACUAUAUAUAUUAUGUGAUAUCGAAUAAUGUGUAAUAUGCCUUAAUGAUUGCAAAAUUUUGUGCUCUUUAUACAGGGUGUCCGGAAAGGUGGUGAUAAGGCUGAUAGAGGGAGCCAAAAUAAUGUUAGUACUUCAUAUAAAAAUAUUCUCUAUCGCACUUCGUUACGGCGUUAUUGACCUUGAAAGUUUCUGCAAGUCCAUACAUAAGGCAUACUCAUUAUUACUAAACUCAUCCAUGGUGUUACCAAUUGGCAUAUAAAACGACAUAAAUCACUAUUUACUACUACUAUGAUUUCUCUAUGUCACAACAAGCGAGACGUUGAUUCUAAUUUCCCCGCUAGAUGGUGAUGCUGCUAUUGUUGCUGUGACGAGUGGAAAUAAAAUGGCAAAUGACAUUUUAGGUACGCAGAACAUAUGUAACAGUGUGAUUAUUCAACUCUGAAUUCGAAAAACCUGCGACAAUUUCAAAACUGACAGAUAUAAUAAUUGUGCAAUGUCGCCAUCUAUCAGAAGAUCGACGGAACCAUUGCUCUCGCUGUUCCAAAGUUUCAAAUAAGUUGAAAAAAGAUGGCUUUAAAAAUGUCUUCACUAUUCGUGCAGAUUGAGCGAGGGGCAAGAUAAUAUUACCACAAUGACAACGCUAUUGUACCCAUCAGAAAAUGUUUGGGUCUAAUUUUUUGAUUUCAAUACCUAAUAUUUCUAGUACCUUAGGUACUUACCUAAUUCUGAUGGAAUUUGAACAAAAAACAUAACAAGAUUUCUUGUAAUAAUUUAGUUAAAUAACCUGCGAUAACUCCAUUGCUCAAGUUUAAAGAAACAUAUAACCUUACUUACCGUCGACACACCAAAGUGGAGUUUGUAUGAUGAACAUUUUCACAAUACAGGCACUGGCGAACCAUAAUAGACCUAAUAAUUGUAUUUAUGAAGCUUUUUAACAAGAAAACACUGAAAAUCAAUUGAAACACGAAAAAAUCAAAAUGGUAACAAACACAGCACACCAACACUGUAACGGCGGAUUUCGACAUACGCGGAUGACUGAAAAAAAUAUGCCUAUACAUUAUAAUUCUAUGUAAAGGUGAAAUCAGGAAAAUUUAAAUUAUUUCAAUAGCAGAAUUCA